CUCGUCGCCAGUGCGCAGCUGCGUGCACGCUGGUCUGUGGGCAGCAUGGCGGCGGCAUCGAGCGGCGAGAAGGAGAAGGAGCGGCCGGGCGGCGGCUUAGGAGCUGCCGGCGGUAAUAGCACCCGAGAGCGGCUGCUGUCAGCGCUGGAAGAUCUGGAGGUCUUGUCAAGAGAACUUAUAGAAAUGCUGGCAAUUUCGAGAAACCAAAAGUUGCUACAGUCUGGAGAGGAGAACCAGGUCCUGGAGUUGUUAAUUCACAGAGAUGGGGAAUUUCAGGAACUAAUGAAAUUGGCACUUAAUCAGGGAAAAAUCCAUCAUGAAAUGCAAGUUUUAGAAAAAGAAGUAGAAAAGAGAGACAGUGAUAUUCAGCAACUACAAAAACAGCUAAAGGAAGCAGAACAGAUACUGGCAACAGCUGUUUACCAAGCAAAAGAAAAACUCAAGUCAAUAGAAAAAGCAAGAAAAGGUGCUAUUUCCUCUGAAGAAAUAAUUAAGUAUGCACAUAGGAUUAGUGCAAGUAAUGCUGUGUGCGCCCCACUCACCUGGGUCCCAGGGGACCCACGGAGACCAUACCCAACUGAUCUGGAGAUGAGAAGUGGAUUACUGGGUCAGAUGAACAAUCCUUCCACUAAUGGAGUAAAUGGUCAUCUCCCAGGGGAUGCACUUGCAGCAGGCAGACUGCCAGAUGUCCUUGCUCCGCAGUACCCCUGGCAGUCAAACGACAUGGCGAUGAACAUGUUGCCACCAAACCACAGUCAUGACUUUCUGUUGGAACCUCCAGGGCACAACAAAGAAAACGAGGACGAUGUAGAGGUUAUGUCAACGGACUCCUCAAGCAGCAGCAGUGACUCUGAUUAGAAACCAUAAGAUGAAAAGCACACAGAAUUGAAUACUAUAGAAAUCUGUUUCUUAAAUGGUGAAUGUGGAAAGCUAGCCAGGUGAUGUUGGCUGUAGAACUGUUCUGCCCAUUAAAAAAUCAUAGUGGACUUUUUUUUUAAAGCCAAAAAUAAGGUUUCAGUUCUAAACCACUUGGUUAAUAUUUAAAGAAAAAUCACACUUUACUGUUGGGGUAAAGCUUUUUCAGUUCAAUGCUGUCUUACCUUGUUCUGUUCCAAUUGUGUUGGACUUGUGCAUAGUACUGGAAAUAAGAUUUGAGGGAAAUGACCCAUGUACCUAUCAUUAGUAGGCCUCCUGCAGUUAUUUAGAAAAGCAUAAACAAGAGCAGCUGAUCACUCAGUGUGCAUUAUAUAACAGAAACCCUCAUCUGAAAGUAAAGGCUAUUACUUUUUGUCACAGGAAGAGGAGACAUCAUCUCAAUUUAUACUCUUUGUAAUUAUUGUAUUUUUUGUAAAUAAACUUAUUUUUGUUUGUAUUCUUGUAUGUUUUAAAAACAUUUUAAAUGUUCUUUCAGUGUAGGUAAGAUAUUUCUGUAAAUCCAGUUGUAUUUUGUACAUACUUUAAAAUCUGGAGGAUGAACAAACCUGAUGCAGUACAUACAUCUGAACCAGUAAUCCCAACUUUGGUAGGUUUCUCAAAGGCAUAGAUUGCCAUUCUUAGAAGAAACAAAACGAAGUAGGUUUUUCUUUUUUUUUUUAAUAACUGACAACUUACCAUAGAAAUGGCAUAACAAACAUAAAUUGUAGGAAGGGUUUUAGAAUGGAAAACACUCCCAGGCUUCACUUUUUCUCUUACUGCAGCUCCUAGAAUCACUUUUAAUUUUUUUCUGGUGGUUAACCUCCUUGUUUAAAUAAUACUCUUAUACAGCUACAUUUUGAUUUAUCAGUUUUAGACAGUACUGCACCUUUUACUCUUUUUCCUGGUGUAGAAUCUUUAAAAAAAAAAGGCACACUAUAUACAUUGUUUAAAAAAAGCAGCCCAUAUUAAGGAUGUUAGAUUUGUGCAGAGGACAAUAACUAGUUAAACUUUAUCUCGAAAGUGGUAUUAAGUGUGGCCACAAGCCAAGUGUAUGAAAAUCACUUGGGUGCUGUUAGAAGGCAGACUGAGGAAUCUGCUUCUUAACCUGCUGAAGCGGCAUCUGUGUGAAGCCUUCACAUCCAAAUCUAAGUACUGGGGCCCUAAAGCUCUUAAGGUCCCUGCCAGUCACAACCCAAGAAUCUUAGCACCUCUUCCCUUGAGGGGUUUUCACUUAUAAACCAACACAAACAACACAACAAAAAAAUAAACCAAAACGGAAAAAUAGGACUCAAGGAAUACACAGAUUCUUUGAAUGUUGGUGGACCAGUGGAUUGGAAAAUAAAAGGGAGUUCCACAUUUAUCUCAAAUCAAA